UUCCUACCAAUCACACGAGAGCACCGGUCCCCCACGAAUGACGUAAUGGCGGAAGCAUGCCUGGUUGUCACUGAAGGAUGUUGAGGUUUGUCUCAACAGGCUCCUCGGGAGUCUUUUCAUCUGUACGAGUACGAAACAACGCGAACGUUGCCGCUGGACUCCGAAAACUCACCUAUGCAAACUACCCCUGUACUAACUUUGCACUGAAGACCCAAAUGGAGUCCAAACUGUAUCGGGCGCCCCCACAAGUCCGCGGAAUGACGUCUCUUGACAAAGAGGCCUUUGCGCAGACCAUCACUGUCCCAGCUCUACGGGUGCCCACGCGGUUCCUCAACAAAGUGAUGAAGAGCCUGAGAAAGUCCACCAUCCAGCGCCCGGGGGUGCCCAGAGUGGUGCAGGACAAAGAGGAGAGUCCUGACUUUAGGCUGGUUCUGUUAGACCCUCACAGAGUGUCCUCGUCGGGUUCCUUUAGUGAGGCUGAAGCGGAAGCGCUGAGGUCAUUCGACGUCUCUCCGGAGCUGCGGCACUAUGAGCUGAGAUUGACCUACGACAACCUGAAAAGUGAGGAGGUGCUGGAGGCCGUGCUGCCUCAGGGGCAGGACGUGACAUCUGCGUUCAGCCGAGUGGGACACAUCGCACACAUGAACCUCAGGGACCACCAGCUCCCAUACAGGAACCUCAUCGGUAGAGUGAUCAUGGACAAGAACCCCGGUGUCACGUGUGUGGUCAAUAAGACAAAUAUCAUCGAUUCAACGUAUCGCAACUUCAAGAUGGAGGUGCUGGGUGGAGACGAGAACAUGGUUGCCAAAGUGAAAGAAAACGGGGUGACGUACGAGUUUGACUUCUCUCGCGUGUACUGGAAUCCGAGGCUGAGCACGGAACACCAGCGCGUGGUGGAGCUCGUCAAGCGCGGCGACACAGUGUUUGACGUGUUCGCAGGCGUGGGACCCUUUGCCAUCCCGGCGGCCCGCUUGGGCGCCGCCGUGUUUGCCAACGACCUCAACCCGGAGUCCUACAGGUGGCUGCAACACAACAGCAGAGUGAACAAGGUGGAAGGCAGAGUCAAAACUUUCAACCUGGAUGGCCGAGCGUUCGUCCGAGGACCGCUCAAGCAAGAACUUCCCGGACUGUUUAAAGGAAAAGGCGGCACGCAUGUGGUCAUGAACCUGCCUGCUUUGGCUCUGGAGUUCCUGGAUGCCUUCAGAGGCCUUCUGCAUCAGGAGGCUCCCUGCGACGACAACCUCCCCGCAGUACAUUGCUACGGCUUCUCGAAAGACGACAACCCAGAGAGGGACAUGACGGAGAGGGCGUCUCUCGCCCUGGGCUUCCCGUUGGAGGACCGCUGCGCCGUACAUUUUGUCCGCAACGUGGCGCCCAACAAAGAUAUGAUGUGUGUGAGCUUCACCCUCCCUAAAGAAGUCCUCUUUAGCCAGCAUGAAGAACAGACGGAAUCUUCAGAGGAACCAACCCCGAAGCGGCAGAAGUGUGAAACAGCAGAUUCAUCAUGAAAGUGAAUUAAAUCACAACUUGAGGAAAUAUUUUAUUUAAAAAAAAAAAAAAAAUUCUUUGUUUUGGUUAUACACUCACCAGACACUUCAUUCGGUAUACCUGCACAAUGAAAUGAGAUCUAAGAGAAUUUGUAUCCAAAAUUCUGAGAGGGAUUACUUGGGAAAAUAUUUCAUUAUCAUAGUUGGCAGUCGUGUAGUAUGGUGGUACCACACUGCGUUGUAAUAUUGUGGGUUUAUUAUUAAUUUACUGCCUCUUUUAAAGUGUCAAUCCAAGUUGAGUAGUCUUUUAGAAUUUUGCAUACACCUCUUCCGUUGGAGCCCAUUUGCUUUUUGAGAAUGCUCAACUAUAAAAGUUGAAACAAGCUUUAUGUUUUUAGAAUCCAGAGCUUCCUUGAAGAUUUUUCCUUUUUAAAUAAAUUGCUUUAAUGACA